AUGACCAGUAACCAGUCGGGUCGUUCUGAUAGUUCGAAUACGAAUGCUUCAGCGGGUCAGGCAAACGCUGGUAGAACGAACGGAGACAGACACCAAACCCAAGGUAGCGCUCAGGGAACAAGUGAAUCGGUUUCCCAAACUUCUGUGGCAGUUUCUGUGGGCACUUUGAGGGUCUCAAAUGAUUCUGUGACGGGUGAAGAAUACAAGGAGUACUAUGACUAUGGUCAAAGUGACGAAAAAUCUAAUGGAACGCAGUGA